GCCUCAUCGAACCUUUUGUCUCUUUCACAAUAUCUUCACCUCAGAUUCCUCACCUGCCUCUGCUGCACCUACUCUCUCGACACUAUCCACAAAAAAUGGCCGACGACCCAAUGGCGAAAUGUUUCCUUCACAGGACCUUGCAGGCCAGGCAGUUCUUGAACAAAUUCAUGCCUUCUGGGCGGGGAAUCGAAGCACCAAAAAUCAGAUUCUCUCCGGUUCCGUGUGAUGCAAGCAAUGCUAGUGAAAUAUGCACACCUCUGGUUCAAUGCAUCAAAGACUCGCGCAUAUGCCCAGGAUACCAAAUUAUCGAUGCCUCAGAUGCUUGUCUGCUAUCGAAUGCGGAUGACGAAGAUUAUUCCCGAUUGUUUCUCUAUCCGACCGGCCUUGACUUCUGGCAAAACUCUGCUGACGCCUGGCGGUCCCUGGAGAUGCCCAUCCAUGUCUUGGCCCCCUCUGCUGACGACCUCUUUGGCUAUGGAGACGAAUGCUCUGAAGUACUUGAGAGCAUAAUUGAGCAAGUUGCUGAGCAAUUCGCUCAUCAGCACCGCACCCAUGUCUUCUCCUUGAUCAUCUUUGGUCGCUAUGCUCGUUUCCUGCGCUGGGACCGUGCUGGCUGCGUGGUAUCCAAGGGUUUUGAAUAUCACAAGAAUCCCAGGCUCUUGGCAGAUUUCUUCUGGAGAUUCACCUUCCUCAGUCGUGCCGAACGAGGAUUCGAUCCGACAACCACUGACGCCACUCCCUCGGAGAUUCGUGCUUUCAAGGCUACCGUACGCAACUUCAUCAAGAAUGCACCUCGGAACGCCGAAUUUCUCCGACCCACACUCGAUGAUGACUACCCCGUCUACAAGAUGCAGUUGGACAGCGUAAACGGCCAGAAGAUGCACCUGAUCAUUGGGAAACCGUUCCACGGCUACAAGCGUCCUACAUGUGGUGGUCGGGCAACGCGAGUGUACGCAGCGUACUUGAAAUCUGAGAAACGUCUUGUGUGCUUGAAAGAUUUCUGGCGUUCUCACCAGCUUGUUUCGGAGGCUGAAAUGUAUCAACACCUGGCGAACCACGAUGUCCCCCAUCUUCCGACAAACUUAGCUGCAGGGGAUGUUCUCGUAGACAGUCAGCUUCAAUCAACCUCCAACCAGCAACAUGGAAGAUUAUGGGGUUUAACUCAUCAACGGAUUGUGCAAGAGAUUGCGUUUCCCCUGGAAACUGCCAAAUCUUCGAGGGAGCUGACGCAGGUAUUCAGAGACAUCAUUGCAUGCAUGAGUAAGGCGUGGCAGUCCGCAAAUGUGUUGCACCAGGACCUCAGCGACGGGAAUAUUAUGAUAACACAAGAAGGACGAGGAAUUCUGAACGACUGGGACUGUGGCUGGGAGAAAACUGCCGAAGAUCCGAAGAAUGAGAAUCGCGUUGGCACAUGGAGAUUUAUGUCCGUCCUGCUAUGUAAGAAUCCUUUCAAAGAGCAUGAAAUCCAUGACGACCUCGAAUCGUGCUUCUGGGUGUUACUCUGGAUCGCAGUCCGCUAUGUCAAGUGUGUCAAGCUAUGGGACUCUUUCAGCUGGCAUAUCUUUGACGAGUGCGGGCUGGAAGCAUUUCAAGACCCCAACUAUCCACAAAAUGAUAUGGGUGUCCAAUUCGCGGUUGGUGGGAUGGAGAAGAAACAGUUUGUGACUUACAUGUCAUCGAUGAAACUGGAAUGGCGAUGCAAACCAUUUAACAAGCUCAUGGAUGAAUUCAAGCACAUAUUUGGCCAAUUCCACCGCGGAGUUGAAGGUGGGUACACGCGAGAAAUACGUCAGGAUUAUGAAGAACGCCGCGAAUUCCUCGCUAAUCCAGAUAAUGUCGUCAAACUCUUCGACGAUGCGCUUGCCGAAGAGGGAUGGCUCGACAACGACACGGUCCCAAACAUGUUCCCUUACAAGACAGAAGAAGAGUGGGAAGUCUAUGCGUUGAAAUGCAGGCGACGAAACCUCAUUUCAAAACGCCAGAAAGCACAGGAACGUCAAGCUGCGAAGGAGAGGGCAGCUGGGCAAGGGCUCCCAUACGUCGAACCCGCCAUCGAUGCUCAUCCUGAAGCCCAAGCUGUAACGAAAUACCCUUACGUCUUCCCGCCCGAUUCUGACGACGAGGAGCCUACCAAACCAGUGCGCAGGUCCGCACGUAUAAAGAAAGUCGCUCGAGUCAUACCGCCUAAUCGUCAGGUUGAUCGUUCUCCAAAACGAAAAAGAGCGGAAGAAGACAAGCAUGCUUCGGAUGGCGAAGUAGGACCACAGAUGAUCAAGAAGCGCAAGCCUGAGGAAGAAGGGAAAAGUGAUUCAGGAAGCAGCAGUGAUUCAUUGCGUCACAUACUCCGUAUAUUCGGACGACGCCCCAAGGGCGCUUUAGUAUAGUCCAUCUCUAUUUAUUUGACAAUAAUUCAUAGAGAUAUUAUGUCCCUGGGAGGGACAAUGCCUGAGUAGAGGCUCAGCGGAAUGAAUAACACGCUAGAUGAUGCGAAGCAACAUCCGUGUGCACAGUCGGCUUGAGUGAAUUCAUGUAUCAUUGUCGUCUUGGAGGCCAAAUUUCAUCGGCGAGAAAAUGACCGUAUGAAUCUACUCUAUGGGGUCAGAUUCACGAGGAGAAAAGAGGGGAACAGAACAGGCUGUCAGCGAAAGCCACUAAACAUAAUCAAUUGAUCGCUCUCCA